GUGACACGUGCAAACACUGCCAAUUUCUCGCUCUUGCGCACUUUCUCCUUUUUCGCUAGAAUCUUCACUGGUUCGACGAGUACACCAGGCCGGAAAUGGCUGCGACACGAGCUUGCCUGAAUGUGGUGGAGGGGCGGAUAGCGGGCGCAAAAGGCAUAUGGUCGGGGCGACGCAUAGGCAAGAGCAAUUGGGCGGUCGCGAUGUGCCAGAGGUCGAUGCGCACACAGAGUACGACACUGCCUGAUAUAUCAAGACCGAGCCUUCUCAAGCCAGCGAGCCCCUCAUGGUUGCGGAACCGCCGACACUUUUCUUCUACCCCAGUAGCCCGGCACGGGCAUCUCGACCCCCCAAAGCCCGGUGAAGAACGAAAAAUCACCUUCAUAGACAAGGAUGGCCAAGCCUCAACCUUCGAAGUCGCAGACGGCGACAACCUACUCGACAUCGCGCUUGCCAACGAUAUAGAAAUGGAAGGGGCCUGCGGAGGAUCUUGCGCAUGCUCCACAUGUCACGUCAUUGUAGAAGACGAAGCCUAUUACGACAAGAUGGAAGAGCCAGAUGAUGAUGAGAACGACAUGUUGGAUCUCGCCUUUGGUCUUACUGAGACUAGUCGGCUAGGCUGCCAGGUCAAGAUGAACAAGGAGCUCGAUGGGCUUGUUGUGCGACUACCGAGCAUGACAAGAAACCUGCAGGCGAGCGACUUUGCGAGCAAAUAAGAGUGUGCCAUGUGAAGGUCAGGGACAAAUGUAGUGGUCACAAGUCUGCGCGCACCGAGGAUGUAAUGCUGGGCGGUAUAGUUGAUGAUGAUAUCAUACGCAGCAUUUGGUACGAUGCAUGUAUUAUACGACCACUCCGCUUGCACAUAGACAGGCGUUGAGCAUGAGACGAAAACAUGUACAGUAUAUGGUAUCACGAACAUAACACC